CAAAAUGAUACAUGGAGAUGAUGCGGGGGGUCAGGCUUGUCAGACGCGUGUGAUGGGUGCCACAUUAGCCCAGGCUUCUGCGAUGCACACCAGCCGCCGCUGAUAUUUACAUCCACUCAGGGCUGGAGAGCCGAGGCCGAGCGGCGGAGAUGAUUAGGCUUUUAUGGGAUCCCUGUGCUGGAGAUGGGGCUUCCAAGACCGCCAUUUGAGUUGAUUUGUGCAGUUGUUCAGCUGUGGUGGAUCAUUCUGAAUCAUUUGGCAUCCGGUCGGCUGGACAUCCGGCUCUGUCUCUGUCUCUGGCCCUGCUCCCCUGUACUGGCUGUGAUUGAACGACUGGACGAGCAAGACACUGUGAGAGACUGAAAGACGAGGGAGAGAGAUUCACUAAAACAACAGACUGUGUCCAGCUUUUCCUUGGGCUCAGGACUGUGUGUUGUCUCACUGUGUGUGUUUGUGUGUAGCUACAUCCCUCUCCCACCUCUGGGAUGAACGUCACCUCGCUGUUCUCGUUUACCAGCCCGGCGGUGAAGCGGCUGCUGGGCUGGAAGCAGGGCGAUGAGGAGGAGAAGUGGGCCGAGAAGGCCGUGGACGCUCUGGUCAAGAAGCUGAAGAAGAAGAAAGGGGCGAUGGAGGAGCUAGAGCGGGCGCUGAGUUGCCCCGGGCAGCCCAGCAGCUGCGUGACCAUCCCACGCUCGCUGGACGGUCGCCUGCAGGUGUCCCACCGCAAGGGCCUUCCACACGUCAUCUACUGUCGCGUGUGGCGCUGGCCGGACCUCCAGUCGCACCACGAGCUCAAAGCGCUGGAGUGCUGCGAGUUCCCCUUCGGAGCCAAGCAGAAGGACGUGUGCAUCAACCCCUACCACUACAAGAGAGUGGACAGUCCAGUUCUGCCGCCGGUUCUGGUGCCUCGUAACAGCGAGUUUAACGCCAAGCUCUCCAUGCUGCCACGCUUCCGUAACCCACUGCACCAGACGGAGCCACACAUGCCCCAGAACGCCACCUUCCCGGACUCCUUCCCACAACAGCCGCCUGGCAACCUCCCGUUCACACCCAGCUCUCCCACCAACAGCUACCCAGGAUCUCCGAACAGUGGCUCAGGAAGCUCCGCCCCCUUUCCUCACUCUCCCUCCAGCUCGGAGCCCGGCAGCCCCUUCCAGAUGCCAGAAACACCCCCACCUGCAUAUAUGCCCCCUGAGGAGCCGAUGACACAGGACUGUCCCCAGCCAAUGGACACCAACCUGCUAGCCCCCAGUCUGCCUCUUGACCUCAACAACCGGCCAGAUGUGCAUUCAGUGGCCUAUCAGGAGCCGAAGCACUGGUGCUCCAUCGUGUACUACGAGCUGAAUAACCGAGUGGGAGAAGCUUUCCUGGCCUCCUCGACCAGCGUACUGGUGGACGGCUUCACCGACCCCUCCAACAACCGCAACCGCUUCUGCCUGGGCCUGCUGUCCAACGUCAACCGCAACUCCACCAUCGAGAACACCCGCCGCCACAUCGGCAAAGGUGUGCACUUGUACUAUGUUGGGGGUGAGGUGUACGCUGAGUGCCUCAGCGACAGCAGCAUCUUCGUCCAGAGCCGCAACUGCAACUACCACCACGGCUUCCACCCCACCACCGUCUGCAAGAUCCCCAGCGGCUGCAGCCUGAAGAUCUUCAACAACCAGGAGUUCGCCGAGCUGCUGGCCCAGUCAGUCAACCACGGCUUCGAGGCCGUCUACGAGCUCACCAAGAUGUGCACCAUCCGCAUGAGCUUCGUCAAGGGCUGGGGUGCGGAGUACCAUCGGCAGGACGUGACCAGCACCCCCUGCUGGAUCGAGAUCCACCUGCACGGGCCUCUGCAGUGGCUGGAUAAGGUGCUGACGCAGAUGGGCUCCCCCCACAACCCCAUAUCCUCAGUGUCGUAGACCUCCGGCUCACAGGACCUUCACCAGACGAGCGGGUGAUUUGCUAGGCGGGG